AUGUCAUUGGUCUUCUUGUGGCCUCUAAGCUCUCGUCAAGAUCUCUCCUUUCUGAAGAGUUUUUCCUGGCUUGGCUGUGUGGCCGCCCUGGUCAUCACCAGCAUCACCUUCGUUGGUUGGAGAUAUUUGGACGAGUAUAUUGAAGACAGCUCGCCCACACCGACGCCCACACCCACGUUGAUGAAUUUGGCAGCAGCACUGCCUUUGCUGGCAUUUUCCCUUAACUCAACUUGGGCGUUCAUCCCGGUCUUGUGCACCUUGUCAGAGAAGCAUGAGAAGCGCAGUCGCAUGGAUCAAUUGAUUUUCUUCAGCAAUUUUCUCAUCUUCGCGAACUACACAGUCCUUGCGGUGUGUGGCUACAUGACCUUCGGCCAAGAAGUGAAAGCAAACAUCAUUGACUCUUUGGGUCACGUGCGCUGGGGCUCUUGGUGGAUGUCUUGGGGAGUUUGUGGUGCCAAGGUGUUCCUGUGCAUACAGCUCGCCUUGGCCCUACCAUUGCGCUUCUUCGUUGCCCGGAAGACCCUCCUGGAGUUUGUCGGUCGUAAGACGCCCAACGGACUGGAGAGAGCCUGCGUCGCUUUCUUCUUGGUCUCCUUGGCGACCUGCGUGGCCUUGCCCCAAGUCUCCCUGGCCACGGUUUUGGGCUAUGUCUCCAGCAUAUGUGCGAGCAUGAUCAUUUACAUUCUGCCUGCUUCUAUCGAUCUGUAUUUCCAACUUCCUGGUCGAGGUCGAAAAUUCUCUUCGCUGGUGAGUUUGAUUGUGGGGCUGUUUGUCCUCUUCGGCGGUGUUUAUGCCAAUUACGCUGGGGUGGCCGUUGGCAGCUGA